GUGACCCAAUAAAAACCCUAGAAACCUCAGAUUUAGGUUUAGAAAUACCGCCUUUCUCUUCAGUCUACUCCUCCUCUGUUGCCCUACGCAGUUCCGCCAUCAAUGGCUCCUAAGAAGGCUCAGGCUCCUCCUCCAUCUUCCAAGCCCGCCAAGUCCGGUGGUGGCAAGCAGAAGAAGAAGAAGUGGAGCAAGGGAAAGCAAAAGGAGAAGGUCAACAACAUGGUUUUGUUCGAUAAGGGUACUUAUGACAAGCUCAUCACUGAAGCCCCUAAGUAUAAGCUUAUCACCCCUUCCGUCCUAUCCGACCGUUUGAGGAUAAGUGGAUCCCUUGCCAGGAAGGCAAUUAGGGAAUUGAUGGCAAAAGGGUUGAUCAGGAUGGUGUCUGCUCAUGCUAGCCAGCAGAUUUACACCAGGGCUACCAACACCUAAGCCUUAAGAUUUAGACUUUGUUGUUUAAUUAGCUUCAGUUUUGUUUGAAACAUUUCGUCAAGACAUAAUUUUUGUGUUAUGAGUUGAAGAUUUUUGACUGUCUUCUUGUUCGGUUA